GACGCGCCACGUGACGCCGUGACGCAGGACGCGGCGGCGGUUUGAAUCGCGGCGCGCGCACUCUGGCGGUGCUGCCUCCUGCGACGAUGGCGGUGGUGAGGCCCUUCGACAAGCUCCCGGCGCUCAACUCCGCCACUGUCUUGCUGGUGGGUUCAGAUGAGAGUCUGCAGCAGAAGCUCGCAGAGGCGAUUCUCAAAGAGAAGAAGAGCUUCAAGAUCAGCAUUCACCUUGCAACAUCCCUCCCCUUACCUUCAGAGAGAGAUCACCUUCGGCCCAGGAUAGAUCUGAUUGCAUUUAUGAUUGACAUCAAGAGCAAAUACAGUAGUUCUACCUCCUUGUCCCCACUGGAUUGUCUGUGCUUUUCUGACAGCUUGAAGAAUGUUGAAGCUUCGCUAGCUCAUGUGGAUGCCAGCUUCUUCCUGGGGAAAGUAUGCUUCCUUGUCACUGGGGUUGGCAGGGUGAAUUAUUGCAGCGUACAGACGAAUGCUGUCUGGAAACUGGGAGAAGUCUAUUGCAGUCCUGUGCUAUACUGUGAGCUGGAGUUGGAAGGGAUACGAGUUGCCACUGCUCAGCGACUUCUCCGGAUGUUGCAGAUCUGUUCUGGUCAGAUACCAGGGAUUUCUGCCUUGUCCUUUGGCUCGUUGAUAAGGAACUCUGCUGAUGAAUAACCUUGUAUUGUGAGAAUUCAGCCAGAUUCAUCAAUUCUUCACUUCCAGGCAUUCAAGCUGGAAACACUUUGGGAAGGUUUUUUUUUGCCUGUCUUAUGACCACCUCCUCCUCUAGAGCUGUUCCUAGUUAUUAAUCUAUCGAGAAAAGCUUGAUUCCUGUUUAGUGGACAAGGCAGGGGUGUUGGGGGGAGGAUAGCUUGACCUGGGGAUCCCGUUAUUACAUCCGAAUCUCAUUUUAUACUGAAGUUCGGAUUUCACCCAGUUUGCCAGUGGCCAGAAGCUACAUGUUUUACUGAGAGAACAUCAAAAGAACAGGCCACUGUCCUAAAUGCUGCACAUCAUGGUUGGAUAUCUGAGUUUCAGUGGCCCAGAACUACUAGAGAUGAGACACCAGGCUUCUACUUCCUUUCACCUGAAAUAUAGCACCUUGGACUAAUACAAAACCUCACUGCCAAACUUGCUGUCUCUGCACUAAGAGAGUAAUGUGGCAAGAAGGCUGUCCUGCAGCUUCUAGAUAUUCAGCAAUUGGCAGUUAAUGAUCCAGCUGUGGGAGCAUCUGCCCAGUGAAGGGCUCAAUAUUUCCAUGCCUGAUACCUAGUCAAGGUUGAAGGGACUAAAGAAGGUAACUUAGCACUUUAGCUUUCUUUGUAUCUUUAAAGAAGAAAGUUCCAGAACAAAGUUUUCAGACCCGGGAUAACAACCAACCCAAGUCUUUGCUCAUGGCUUGAACAGCUGUAGACUGUUCUGCUGCAAGUCAAUCCCUGCAGGCCAAGGAGGAGUCCUCCAGAGAAGUCGAACUGUCUCUGACUCAAGAAAUUAAGAGGUAAAGAGGACUGUAACUGAGAGUAUUGCUGCACGUAACAGGUUAUUGCCUGGACAGGUGGGGCAGAGAAGGAGAAACAUGCAGCCACUAAUGAAAAUAAGCCUCCACUUUCAAAAUAAAGAGCCAUGAAAUAGCUUUUCUUUCAACCUCGGGGAGUCAAAUUUCAGAAUAGUGGAAGCUGCUGGCCCUUAGCAAGCUUCUGCAAAUAGGGCAGUUCAGCUCCAGGAGCUACAUUUGUCCCUCCAGCAUCCUUAGUGCUGGAGCUCUGCACUCUGGGGCUGAUCACAGAUGGAACAUAGCAAAUCUGACUAUAACAACAUACAGAAAACACAUGGUGUCUCUUGCAAGUUGGGCAUAUGCUGCAUAUAAAUCCCUUAACUGACAGGUUCUUGUCAGCAGUAAUUCAUGCCUUAUUCUUAAUGCAAGCUAAUAGUAUGUUUUGCAAUUCUAAGUUAAUAAAAUGUAUCAUAUUUA